AUGGAGGCCGACCUAUUCGAGGCAAUCCCGCUCGCCGUCUCCUACCCCCCGGAAGGCCGAGUCAACUUUCCAGGGAACCGCACCACCUCAACCAACCGUCCCUUCGGUGAAGAAGGGCCGACAUUUGUUCCUGAUCAAGCCGCUGGGACUUACCCUCCGAAUGUCGAGGCGCGGGAUUUUCAAACUGAAGCCGGCAGCAGCGCUGGCCAUUUUCGCCGGCGGCCGGUUGUCUGGCCGGUGUGCUCGGGACCGAGUACGAAGCCGACGGUGAUCACUUUCAGAAAUGCGACCGACACUGCUGUGCAACCGUACUGGGUCGACUACGACGGAAAGGAGGUUCCGUACGAGUGUUUACAGCCGGGCCGCGUGUACAGGCAGCGGUCGUUCGUGCAGCACCCGUGGGUGUUUCGCGACAUGGCGACGAACGAGCCAUUCGUCGUCGGCAAGAGAGCUGGGUUUAACUCUGCUGCUGCUGCUGCCGCCGCUGCUGCUGCAACUGCUGCUGCUGGUGCUAUUGGUGGCGGUGGUAACAAACGCGUGCGCAUGCAGGGAGGGCAGGUUCAAUGGGCGGAGCAGCGGGUGAGAGGCGAGCGGGAGGAGGAGAUUCCGGAGGGGUGA